CUCCCAGCGCGCGCGGGCGGAGGACGGGGAAGACGCAGGGAGGGCCGCGUCGGCGGCAGGUGGACGGCGGCGGCCAUGUCGCCUUUGUCCGCGGCGCGGGCGGCCCUGCUGGUCUACGCGGUCGGAGCGGCGGUGCUGGUGGCGCAGCUGGUGCGGCGGUGCCUCGGGGGCUUCCUGGAGCCAGUCUUCCAGCCGCAGCCGGACCGCGUGGCCAUCGUGACCGGAGGGACAGACGGCAUCGGACUCGCCACCGCCAAGCACCUGGCCCGGCUGCGCAUGCGCGUCGUCAUAGCGGCAAACAACGAGACCAAAGCCCAGGAGGUCGUCCGCCAAAUCAAAGAAGAAACCCUGAAUGACAAAGUGGAGUUCCUGUACUGUGAUUUGUCUUCCCUGCGUUCCGUGCGGGAUUUUGUGCAAAAAUUCAAGGGCAAGAAAAUCCCUCUCCACGUCCUCGUCAACAACGCUGGGGUGAUGAUGGUCCCCGAGCGCAAAACCAAGGACGGAUUUGAAGAACACUUUGGCCUCAACUAUCUCGGCCACUUUCUGCUGACCUACCUCCUGCUGGACACCCUCAAGAAGUCGGGGUCCCCAGGCCACAGCGCCAGGGUAGUCACCGUGUCCUCAGCCACGCACUACGUGGGACAGCUGAACCUGGACGACCUUCAGGGCAGACGUGGCUACUCACCCCAUGGAGCCUACGCCCAGAGCAAGCUGGCCCUGGUCCUGUUCACCUACCACCUGCAGCACCUGCUGGACGCCCAGGGCAGCCACGUGACGGCCAACGCCGUGGACCCCGGGGUGGUCAACACUGAUCUGUACCAGCACGUCUUCUGGGGGACACGUCUGGUCAAGAAGAUGACCGGGUGGUUACUCUUCAAGACACCACAGGAAGGAGCAUGGACGUCCAUCUACGCGGCCGUCACCCCAGAGCUGGAAGGACUCGGUGGCCGCUACCUGUACAAUGAGAAGGAGACGUCGUCCCUCAAGGUCACCUAUGACCGGAAGCUUCAGCAAGAGCUGUGGGACCAAAGCUGUCACAUGGCCGGUGUCCCUGACAUCAGCCAGGGCGCCAUCUUGGAAUAGCUGCCUUCCCCUUUGUGACAACCGUGAUGUCGGCCAUUGUCACACCUGACUUUCCCAAGCUUGGCAGGAUCUCACCACAAAGCCUUGUCCAGGAUGGCCACCGACUGGGGUCACCUGGUCACCCCACAAGUGCCAUUAACUCAUAAACCAUGUCACCAAAGCGUGCCACUGACCUUGCUUGGUGUUCGAUGAGUGACGUCCUGUCACGGGGGACACUACCAAACACUGACACUUGAAGGUGACACGGGGACCCCAGACUCAGCAGCAGGUGAUCCUUGUGUUGGGACUUGGGGUGAGUCUGAAAGGGAUGUGGCGCCAUGUUGGUUGGUCUCAUUCAAGAUGGUGUCAGACACUGGUGCCAGUGUCACGGUGACAGCGGAGCUGGGGCCACGAUGGGACCUGGAUGGUGUCACCUGGGUUUCCCAUCACACAGUGACAAGGACAGUGUCUCCACUGGGAUCUGUAGGACUGGGGUCCUGUCUGCCCAGUCAAUAUGGCCUCCCUCUGGUUCAGGUCUUGGGUGUCCUUCCGUCCUUGAUCCUAGAAUAAACACCAUAGACCUUGUCAUCAAGUCAAGGGAAAGGGAAAAACGCCUUGAGGUCCCCCAGGCCCUGGUCACCAAAUCCUACAAUUGCUCUGCGCUUUCAUCAUCUUACAUUUUGCCUGGCUGUCUAUGUUUCCAUCGUCUGUGUCGCUCUUCCUUGAUCCAUCACCUUUCUGUGGACAUGUCACCCGUCAAUCUAUGAAUUCAUCUGUCACCUAUCAGUCCGUCCAUCCAUCCAUCCAUUGCCUGUCCAUCAGUUCCAUCGAUCGAUCGGUCACCGGUCUCUCGCACCCUUCACCUCUGACCCAUCAACCAGUAUGCCUCCCGAUGACGUCAUCAGCUGAUCAGUGGUGCCUCCAUCCGUGGGUAACCCACUGGUGACCUUGGGGUCUUCAUGGCCUUGUCACUCCCCACAUCCCCCCCCAACCCCGGGUAGAAAUCCUUUAAGGAAGACACAAGGGUGGGGGCCCCCCUGGCCUGGGAACGGUAAUUGAGUGACUCCAAGAUGGCAGGAAUUCUGAGUUGGCCAUUUCAGAAAUGGGCGAUCAAGAAGUCGCUCAGUGGUGGGUUGGAGGGUUGGUGUGUGAGAGAUUCGGGUUCUUGGGAUGGGUUUGUCAGCUGGAUUUGGGGUGCUGGGUGUCAGAUCUGGUGACAUGGGGGACUUGGAUGUCCCUAUGCUGGACCGGGCAGAUGAUUUGAAACCCCAGACAUCAGGGUUUCCAUAUAGGACCAGGGAAUCCAUACCGCACGCUUCCGUCCAUCAGUGGCAGUAUCUUCACCUUUGCAAAACCCCCAAAAAACGCAGUGGGCCUGUGAUUGAUUGACAGCUGCAGCCAGGGGGGCGUACUCUGGAGCUGUCAAUCAACACACAGGGGUCCUGCAUUUUUUAGGGAAUUUCCAGCUUCGGAUGGGAUUGAGCAGGACGUGACCCCAUGGCCACUUUAGGGUCAGUUGUGACUUUGUAACAUUCACGUGACCUUGGUUCGACAUCACUUGUGUCACACAGCGUUUCAUGGUGACAUGGUGGCAUGACGUCACCAGGCAUGUCUCCCCCGAUCCAAGAUGGCGGCAUCUUUCUGGCAUGACGUCAUCUUUCUGGCAUGACGUCACCAGGCAUGUCUCCCCCUGAUCCAAGAUGGCUGCGUCUUUCCCCCACCAGGCACCGGUCAUGUCCAAGAUACCUGGGGGCAGUGGGGCGUUUCACUUGCCUUCUUUUUUAUCAUUUUAUUUGGGAAAAUCCCUGUUUUCAUGGACUACUUUGAGGAAUAACUAAAAGGUAAAUAAAUGAAACAAAUUUUAACUUAAA